UCUCUCUCUCAGGUCUCAAGUAAGAAACUGGCUUAGUCGCCCCACAUCACGUGUAAUCGAAGUACGCUGUUAAUGCAGAUCUCAAUUUUCAACGGAUCGAACUAAGUACCAACAGCAAUCUCGGUAAAAUCACAAGCAAGUGUGAGCUAGGUGACAGUGCUAUUGAACAAAGAUUGGUUUGGUGCUGUGAAUCUUGGUGCGUUAACAAAGAGUGCCUCUGUUGGCCCUGUUCAAUUGCGACGUAAAUAUUGUUGGAUGUGCACUAGUACCUCGUUAUUUGUGCUAAGGAUUACCAAUUUUACGAAGGUCGAACAUAUAGCGAGAACUGACGGACCGGCUCGUUGCAGUAUUUGUUUUCAUUAUUCGUGAAAGCACCACUACAUCUACGAAAAUGGAGACCUUGGCCACUCUAUCCAUUGACAAUGACUGGCACCGAAAACACCAGUGAAAAGAAUAACGGAAAUGAAGAAGUACCGCCUGACGAUGCACACCUGCCACUCGACGACAAAAGUCCCAUAUACAAAACAGAAAUCACAAUUGACGUGAACGGGUCAGAGGACCAUGCUACCAGAGGAAACGAAGAGGAAGAUAUCGUGAUUUUGAGGAAUGAUAAAAAUACCGCCAUCAACAGGUCAGCUUAUUCGAAACUCCACAAAAAUCCGAAUCCUAGAUUGAGUACCUUGAGUUUGGGGAGGUUCGAACUAUUCAGUAAUUUCCAUAGAAGAUCCAGCAAAGAAAACAGGACGAACCGAACGAACUCUAGGUUCAGAGCAAGGGAAGAUAAGCACAGUGAAGAAGAGUAUGUGGAUUACGUGCCAUGUGUCCUGAGAUCGGAAUCGGUGGAUACUGUCGAUAAAAUCGAAAAAGAAUUGUCGAAUUUCAUAAUGGAUAACACAAGGAAGAAAGACAAAAAACGAACCAACAGUUUUCGAAAACUGUUCUCCGUGUCAUUCUUCGGAAAAGAUAAAAAGAAGAAAGUGAAGGAACCAGAUGUUAACAAUUCCCCGAGUUCUGACUAUGUUGACAAUUACCAGAACGAAACCCAUAGCAAUUCGUUCAUCAGAAAUACUCCCCAAAGGCAUACAGUAGGCUGUGAUCAUUACAAAAGAGAAAAAGGUUACGAGAGUAAACCGCUUCCUCCUAAAAACAUCGAGGAAGAUCCCCCACCAGAAGUACUGAUGCGGUAUGCAAAUAAUCACAUCAAUAGGUUCAACAAAAUUCGGCAGAGUUUCGAAAACCCCGAUGAAGAUUUGGGGAAACUGAAAAAUGGAGUUCCACCAAAUCAAAACGAACCGAGUGUACAACACGCUAAUGUUAUUAAAUACAUCGAUACAAGUUCUUCCACCACUAGUACGAUGGAAUCUGAAAGGUUCAAUACUUACCAGAAUGCUCUGAUUGCUCAGGCUGAACUACAACAGUUAAAAAGAGAUAAUAACGGAAUGGAAAGGUCAAAGAUAGUGAGGAACGAUUCUUUUCGAAGGGAUACUCCUCCAAGGGCAACAGAUACUUAUCAGCCAGUGAACAUUGUGAAACCUAGGGCCAGACUACCGAUUAAUUCUGGACGACCACUUCCAAAUCCAUAUCAUAAUGAAAAGGAGGAACCUGAUGGUAAACCUAACGAUACCACUGUAACCCUUGACAUUGAAGAUAAGGCUCGUCCAGAGGUCAUGGACAUAUAUGGGACUGUUUUUGAUGCGAUAGACCAAACCAGGAAAUGUAAUUCGAAUCGUACGUCGACAUUAACAUCGCAAGAUUCCAGAAAAACGCAAUCACCAAUUCCAAGAUCACCCCGAUCGCCAUCUUUGGAAGGUUCCAAGCUACGCCUACCUUCCAACAGGGAUACCACUCCCUUACAACCGAGACUGAAAUCCCCGCUGCCUACUUCUCGUAUCAGUACAGAGAAGAUAAUCGCCACAGAGCUUCUUAAAAAUACAAACUCGAGUGAUAAAAAACCAGAAAGUACCCCCAGCCCUUCUGGAGCUCAACCCCGACCUAGUUCACAGGAACAAUCGUUCAAUCCCCAAGCAGAGUCUACUCCAGAUAACAAAACUUGCCAGGCGUUGAACGCCCUGCGUGAAAAAUUCGAAGAGAACAGUCAAAAAUUGAACGAAGAACUGGACCAGAUCAAACAAACGUUACAGAACAUUUCUCAUGAGGAAUCACCAGAACGGACGCCCAGUCGGACUGGAAGGAUCAACAAGGACUCUUACUCGAAUCCGACGUCUUCCCCGAGAGGUACAUUGUUGACCAGUCCUAGGUCUUCAAUGACUCUCUCUCCAUUACCUCCAACUAAAAUGUUGGAAGUGAAUUGUGCUUCUCCACAACCUGGAAUGUUUCCACAACCUUCUCCAGAUGUUGAGUUGAGACAAAAGCAUCCAGUGGUUAGAAGAAAUGGAUCCCAAAGCAACGUCAAUAAAUCUCCAUCUUCACCUAAUAAAGAUGAGAUAAGAAAGAGUGUAGAGGCUUAUUACUGGAAAGAAAUAAAGAAGAUAAAAGAGCAGGAAGAUUACGAGAUAUACUUGUCACAACUACAUUUUUCCCAGAGAGGAUACGCCGAGGAUCCAAUUCUUACCAGAAGAUCUCGAGGACUUGAAGAAAAUCGAAGUAGAAGGAGUUCCAGUGUACCGAGGAAUCCCAGACAACACCAACCCUUCGAACAUCAACAAAACGUUAACGUUCUCAAGAUGGCAAUUCCAGAAACUAACACCGUUGCGUAUCACAUGCAAGACAGAAAUAUAUACGGAUAUUUGCCAGCUAGAAACUCCCAAAUUUCAUCUUCACGAAACUCGAACAUUCAAAGACAGACCAACGGGGAUUAUGGAACAUACAAACCGAUCUUUCGUAGAGGCAGCUUGACUGGUGGCGGUAGUGCUCCUCAGACAAUGCAAACGAACAAAAAGGUCAGCUUUUCGAAUUCGCAACAACCAGCCAACGUCGAAGCCUGGCCUACUAAGAAUGGUUUCACGAGGAGUCCUCCACAGAGGAGGCUGGAGAAACUUGGUAACAACGCACCAUUGGAAGACGAUGUUUUUCUGCCUCCCCAACAGGCUCCAUUGCAGCAGCAUCAAGUUAUAUAUGGUCAAAAUCAAGUCGUGAGAAACCACUACAAUUCGGAUACGGAUUCAAUAUACGGGCAGAAUUUGUAUGGUUACGCUGGGCGAUCGCAGAUGGUGAGACCGGCUAAUUAUAACUCAGACUCAGAAGCUGUGUAUGGUGGACGUUACUACAGAACUCUCAGCAGACAAGAGAUGGAGAAUUUGAGGAACGCUCAGGCGAAUUCAGCACGUCAACCAGAUCUACGAAACAGACCUGUACCCAGAUUGACAAGACAUGAAUCCAUACAAUUACCAGAGCCUCCAUACGGUUAUGCGACUCAGUAUGGAGGAAACAGAAAGUAUCAACCCAAUAAUGUUGUUAGAGAUAACCGUCCACCGGUGGGUCAGAGCCGAAUAUCUCCUAGACGAGAAAUUCUGAUUACUGAUAAUAUUUAUGGUCAGCACAUAGGUUAUCGCAACGAUUUCGUUGGUUCACCUUACGGUUAUACAGUAAACAACAAUCCCAAUAUUCCAGAGCCCUUAUAUGCUUCCAGGCCCAAACAAGUAACCGUAAGAAACAAAGUCUGUGAUAUGUAUGGUCGAAUUCAUGAUGUUGGAGCUAUGGAGGGUGGAAUACAAGCGAGUGGAGUCCUCAUGGGUCAAUUACAGGAAUUACCAACUUCUCCUACGAGUUUUAGGAGAGGUACAAGGUUAACAGCGAGUAGCAAUGACAUGUUGUAUCGAAGGCAUAACAACUACCAGCUUCAUGAUAGCCACAUUGAAAUGCAGAAUGAAAUUCCUCAGAUGCAUUCCUCCAGGGGUUCAGUAAGACCCCUUCCCCCUCUACCACCAAGUGGAAAGGUGAUGCCCAACGAUAAGAGCACGAAUUCGAAAAAAAAUAAUUCUUCGAAGAAGAAAAAGAAAUAAAACAAUUUGCUGUUAUAUGAUGAAUGUUCUUAAACUAUUAUGCUUGCCUUGUAGUUCCUUCAGGUUCAAAUUCGAAGAUCUUCACAUAUACAAAUUUUUAUGUCACUCUUCAGAUAUUGAUUUCAAUAAGUUGUUUUGAAUUUCGAUCGCAAACUAGGGUGAGUUCAGUCCACUUGACUUCUUGUACAGUUUUUACAUGACUUUUUAUUUCUUCUAGAGGUGGUCAAUGAAUCAGUAUAGUGGAGAAGCAGUCUGAUUUUUUGUGCAAUUUCAAUUAAACCUAAGCUUUUGUUCCGAGUCCGAAGUCUGAGUAAAGCAAUAUCCUGUUAUCUGAUAACUGUCAGGUUUUAAUCAGAAAACAUAAUCAUGCACUUUUUUAUACUUAAUAUCUGAAAUUAUAUCUAUGAAUCCAUACGAUCUUCGAUGCUUAUGUUAUUGUUGCUUUUCACAGUUUAUUCCUCAAAAAAAUUAUUCCAAUUUUGGCUGUAAAUAUAUACAUAGAGUAUUUUUGUAAUGCAGAGUUAUAUUGAGAAAUGAUUAUGUGUAUCCAAGAUCCAGUGAUUUCCAUUUUAUAUGUUGUUUGUAUCCUGGGUAGAAAUGUAGAAAUUGUAAAUAAGUUAUUUAUGUGAAUUAAUGUUCAGUAAUGGCUUCAUCUUUAUUUAUUUUAAUUCAAUAAAAUAUUUGUAUAUC